GGCUGCUCUUCGUUAACUUAUAAUCAGCUGUUGAUCUGUGCUGAUGAACUAACUGUCUUGCUUAAGAAGCACGGUGUUUUAAAAGAACAGAUAAUUGGCUUGUGCUGUCAGCCAGGGAUCAGGGUUCCCAUUUGGAUACUUGGGUAUUACGUCAAUAUAUUUUUUAUUUUAUUAGAACUUUUGGUGGUCGUCCGUGCUAUGUUCUGAAUGAAUGUGUCUUUUUCUGUAGAACGUUACUUUUCUUAUUAAAUAUUCUUCAAAACUGUAUAAGAUGAAAAACGCGGUCGUAAUAUCAUACAAUGUUCUUUUAUGUCUCAUAAACGUCCUUAUAUACAUAGAAUUGUGCUUACUGACUGAAACGAAGAUGUGAAGUCGGACUCUGAAUGUUUCAGGAUCCUAAAGCUGCCUGCAGCAUACAUGCCGAUUGAUCUCGACGCUCCAUCUCAACAGUCGGUUAGGAUCAUGGAAAAAUGCGGGCUAGAGUUCUCCGUAAUACAAAGUGAUCUAUUUCAGAGGUUCCUUGAUGUGUUUUCCGAUAGUGUAUCAGUGGAUAUCUGUUCAGAGUGGCCGAGUCAGGGCCUGACCCUGGUGAGGAUCCAGAGCUAUGCAAAGCAGCAAACAAAGCAAGGGGAGGCAGCAGAGUAUUCAGCCCCUUCUGCUUGGAGAUGUAGGGCAGGCUUGGUGGGUCUGGCCUACGUGCUGCACACUUCAGGGACAACUGGGCUGCCCAAGGCUGUCAAAGUGCCCCACCAGUGCAUAGUGCCCAACAUCACACACCUCAGAUCUCUUUUUCAGAUAACUGCAAGUGAUGUCAUUUUCAUGGCCUCCCCGCUGACCUUUGACCCCUCUGUGGUGGAGAUAUUUUUAGCUUUGUCAUCAGGGGCGUGUCUUCUGAUUGUCCCAACACUUAUUAAAAGGAUCCCCUCCAAGCUGGUCAAUGUGCUGUUCACCAAUCAUAAGACAACAGUUUUACAGGCCACGCCCACCUUACUGGCCCGCUUUGGCAGGAAUAUCCUGCAGGGGGUGCUGCUUUCAGAAGCCUCCCCUCUGCGUGUGUUGGCCCUGGGGGGCGAGGCCUGUCCCCCCCUGUCCCUUCUCCGGAGCUGGAGGCAGCAGGGCAAUGCGACGCGUGUGUUCAAUCUGUAUGGCAUCACCGAGGUCUCCUGUUGGGCCAGCUGUUACGAGAUUCCUGCAAGCCAGUUGGCCACCACCACUACCACGGAUGGUUCAUCUGUGCAUCUUGGAACACCAUUGAUGGGCACUACCAUGGAAGUGAAGGAUGAGAGAGGCUGUGUUGUCACUGAAGGAGAAGGACAGGUGUGCAUAGGAGGGGAGCGUAGGGUGUGUUACCUGGGUGAUGAAACAGAAGUGGUGCCAGGGACUAUGAGGAGAACAGGUGACUGGGUGGAGGUGAAGAACUCCCAUCUUUACUUUGUGGGCAGGAGGGACCGGCUGGUCAAACGGCAUGGGCAACAGGUGCACCUAGAUGCCGUCCAGAGGGCACUAGAGCUGUUGCCUCAGGUACAUGCUUGUGCAGUGAUGCUCUGUCACAGCAGACUGGUGGCUUUUAUAGUUCCAAGCACUUCCGCUGGAGAUCGUGCACUUUCAGCUGAAGAUGUCCAGCCUCUUGCUGAAGAUGGCACCCAUUCAUCUGGAUAUGCCACAGCUUCCUCCAUGUAUCUCCUGCCGGAACUUGGAGAUCCUACCUCCAACGUGAACCAUGCCGGCUUUACUGGUGACCAGACGUCUUCUUUGGGAAGUUCGUUUUCUAGAGACUCUCGUGGUCAUCUCACCCCAUUUCCCAGAGACCUUCAGAGAGAAAUACUGCAUAGUCUCUCCAAACUGUUGCCCUCUCAAGGUGUUCCAGAUACCCUGAUACCUCUCAGGAUGCUACCUACAUCCACACAUGGUAAGGUAUGCUUUGAAGAGCUACUGGAUUUCUACAGUAAAUGGAGAAGAGGAUCCAUCAUUGUGCUGGAUAAACGGGAUUCUGUAGCUGGCAGACUGCAAACACUCUGGAGGGAUGCGUUGGGCCUUCCAGACGAUGCAGUCGUUUCUGCAGAUGCCAGCUUCUUGCUCAGCGGAGGAGACUCCUUGCAGUGUCUGCGUCUCUGCGAUGACGUCGCUUCCUCCGUGGGCGUGGCCCCAGCAGCUCUGCUGGAGGUCCUCCUCAGUGGCUCUUUCUCUGAUGUCGUCUCUCACGUUGCCACAGCAUUAUUUCCAUUUGAGAAUUCAGAGAUAACUGAACCAACCACUAAGGGACUCCCGAAUGAAAUGCCAUUGUCAAGACUAGCCACAAAAGAGUCAUCUAAGAAACCAUCCACAGAGUCUCCCUCAGCACAACCAGCUAAGAGACCAUCAGCAGAGAAUCACUCAGCAGAACCAGCUAAGAGACCAUCCACAGAGUCUCCCUCAGCAGAACCAGCUAAGAGACCAUCCACAGAGUCUCCCUCAGCAGAACCAGCUAAGAGACCAUCAGCAGAGAAUCACUCAGCAGAACCAGCUAAGAGACCAUCAGUAGAGUCUCCGUCCCCAGAACCAGAUAAAAAUCCAUUAGCACCUUGUGUUUCUCAUUGCAGAUUUGUAAUGCUGAGGAGAGCAGGUGAAGUUGUAGAAAUGGGUGCUUCACUUCCAUUACUGAGCAGCCAAAGAGAGACUCUGACUUCCCGUAAAGAUCUUCACUUGCAGACCACUGAGAGGUCAGAUGCUGGCGCACCGCUGCUGAACUUGCACGUGCGAUGGACAUCAGACACUGGACGCUGUGUGGAUGCAUCCCCUGUGCUGCUGGUGACCAUAAAUGACCAUACCUCAGCCUGCAAUGACCUCAGAGAGGACCGAUCCUUGGAGAAGGAUGAGGUCAUGGUUUACAUCGGAUCACACUCCCACAGAUUUCAGGCCGUGGACUUCUCCACGGGAGACCUGAGGUGGGAGCGGGUUCUGGGGGGCAGGAUCGAGUCCUCGGCCGUAGUCAGCAGAUGUGGCCACUUCAUUGCUGUCGGAUGCUACGACGGCCAGGUGUACUUCCUGUGUGCAGACACUGGAGGGACCCACUGGGUGUUUAGCACAGGAGAUGCAGUGAAGAGCUGCCCUGCAGUGGACAUGCUCACUGGCUGGGUGGUGAUCGGGUCCCACGAUGGUUGUGUUUACGCCCUCGAUCUGGAGGCUCGGCACUGUAUCUGGACGCACCCCUGUGGUGGUGGGGGGGUGUUCUCCUCCCCAUGUUUUCACCCCUCCCUCCGGCAGCUCUAUGUGGCAACGCUGGGUGGGCGGCUACUUUCUCUGAAUGCAGACACCGGCGCCCCCUUGUGGAUGCACAGCAGUGAAAAGCCCUUCUUCUCGUCCCCGCGAUGCUGUCACAGCCAUGUGUGUAUUGGUUCUGUGGAUGGAAACCUGUAUGGCUUCAGCCACGCUGGUGAGAAGGUCUGGCAGUUCUCCACUGGUGGACCCAUAUUCUCAUCUCCAUGUCCCAUGCUCGGCACUCAGACAGAUGUAGCCAAUCAGAGGGUGCUGUGUGGGUCACAUGAUGGCUGUGUUUACUGUGUGAACGGCAGUGACGGGACGCUGGUGUGGCGCUUUCAGACCGGAGCCCGGGUCUUCUCCUGCCCCUUCGCCGUUAACGGUUCCCGGUGGGGUUGCACGUCGCUGGUGGUGGUCUCCUCCACAGAUGGGACUGUGUGGCUCCUGGAUGGAGAUGACGGAGCCCUUAGGGCCUCCCUGCAGCUUCCCGGGGAGCUCUUCUCAUCCCCCGUACUUUGGCAGGACUCACUAGUUGUGGGCUGCAGGAACGACCUCGUUUACUGCGUAGACAUCAUCAAGCAGAAAGAACUGAAUACAGAUUCGGACUCAGGAGGGUCGUAGCUGGAGUUACAGACCACAGACAGUAGAAGCAACCAUGGUAGUGCGGGCAUCUUACAGUCUCAUCCACCCGCACAGCUACUAGAACCUCCAGCAUCAGUGUGGUGCAUGCUGCUUGUAGUGUGUGGCUCAGUGGGUUAGUGUCUGCGAUCGGAAGGUUACUGGUUCAAAUCCCAUCCUUGCCAGAAUAGUCACAUUUUCGUUGGGACCUUGAGCAAGGCCUGUAACCCCCAAAAUGAUUCAGCGUUCGGACCCCAAGCUCAACCAUCACCUGCGUGUGUCUUAAAGCAGAGCAUGAUGGGAUAUGUGGAAACUAAAGCAUUCCAGUAUAUCUGUACAAAUGGAAACUAAAUCGUUUCAAUUUCCUGCAGUGUAUUUGGGGUGUAGGGUCACCAUUAACAUACAACAGUAGUUGUAUCUUUUUCCUGUGGUACACAAACAUACUACUCUGACACGCAACAAGUGUGACAUCGGUUUUUAAUUUCUCUACCUUACACAUGACAUUAGUGUCACCUCAAAUGAUUGCAUUAGGCAUAACUCUGUGGACCAUAAAGUGGAAGUGUGACUAUGCUAUUGUGUACUACUCAACAAAGAAAUGGGCCAACAAA